CUCUUUCGCCACGCCCCCUCCCCUUUCACUUCCUGUAAACAAAGUCGCCACUGUCCGUUAGACAGAUUCCUGUGUUUUCGCCCAUUUUCUACACCUUCUUCGGCGUUUUCGGCGAUGGCUCAGGCUGGAGUGGUCCUGGACAAGGACCAGUUCAACUGCUCGAUAUGUCUGGACGUGCUGAAGGACCCUGUGACGAUCCCGUGCGGACACAGCUACUGCUCGGACUGCAUACGAAACUACUGGGACCAGGACGACUAUCUGGGGGUCUUCGUCUGCCCACAAUGCAGGCAGAACUUCAACCCGAGGCCGCUGCUCGCUAGAAACACAAUGUUGGCCGAUGUGGUGGAGAAAUUCCAAAGGACUGGACUCCAAGAGGCCACGACGCCUUCAAACCAGAGUUUUGCCCAGGCCGACGACGUGGGGUGCGAUGUCUGCACCGGGAGGAAAAACAAAGCUGUGAAAUCAUGUCUGGUGUGUCUGGCCUCCUACUGCGACGUCCACGUCCAGCCACAUUACGAAUCUGCCGCUUUCAAGAAACACAAGCUGGUGUCGGCCUCCAGAAGACUCCAGGAGACCAUCUGUGGCCGACAUGACAAGCUGCUGGAGGUGUACUGUCGCACCGACAAGCAGUGUAUCUGUUAUCUGUGUCUGACUGAUGAACACAAAGGACACGACACGGUGCUGGCUGAGGAAGAAAUACAACAGAAGCAGAGGCAGCUUGAUGACAUGAGGCAGAGCUCUCAGAUGAGAAUUCAUCAAAGAGAAAAGGAGGCCCAGGAGCUGAGACAAGCCAUUUUCUCUGUCACUCGUUCUGCUCGGGCAGCAGCCGAGGAGAGCGACGCCGUCUUUACCGAACUGAUUAGGUCGAUCGAGCUGAAGCGCUUCGAGGUGAGAGAGCUAAUCAAAGCCAAAGAAAAGACGGCCGUCAGUCAGGCUGAGCAGCUGCUGGAGAAAAUCCAGAAGGAGAUCACGGAGCUGAAGGUGAAUGAGGCUGAGCUGGACAAACUUUCCCACACAGAGGACCACAUUAAUUUCCUUCAGAGUUGUCAGUCUCUCCAAGCCCCACCUGUGCUGUCAGUGUUGCCUUCAGUCAGUGCUGACCCCAGCCUCACCUUUGGCCCAGUGAUGGCAGCUGUGUCAGAUUUUAAAGGACUGUUGCAGGAGGUCUGCCAUGGAGGAUUUGUCUGCAUCUAUGAGAAAGUGAGGGAUAUAGAUAUUGUAGGUCCUCCAAAUCCUGCUGCACAGCAGGACACAACUCAGCCCAGUGAGGGGCAAACAGCAGUACAAAUGGAAGCAUCACUGGGGAACCCACUACCUGGUCUAGACCAAACUCCCAUGAGCCCCCUCAACCCCUUCAUCACUCCACAACCUGCUCUGCCCACCUUUGCAUUUUCAUCAUUUGGCUCCAAACUCUCCACAGGAUCCAGACAGCGGCAAGUUCAGCGGCGCGCUCACCCCCGGAGGAAAUAGACCCCGACGUGGGCGUCAAAAUCAACACGUUUACGUGCAUGGACUGGAUGUCGUUAUACCUCAGUGCUUUCCUCUCCUUCUCACAGAUCUGCAAUGUGCAUUUCAUAUUUAAUAUCACAAUAUUUAUUUACUUGCUUAGUUUUAACCAAUAAGCUAUGGCUGCAGUUUGCAUUUUAGUGGCGGUACGAACAGAGAUGAGAACAGCUUGCACAGAGCACACACACUGACAGUGCAGUUAUGUCCAGUUUUAAGCCACACAAAGCAGGACUGAGCUCACUUUGUCUUAUUUCAGUAUUUGCAAUUUGAAACUGAAUUUAGUUAGUUUUUAGUUUCCGUUUGGCACAGUUAUGCUUUUAUAAUUACUUUUGAUGGUUUAACCAAAACUACAAGACACUAAUUUAGCUCCACAUAGAUGUGUAAUAAUAUGUUGUGAUUCAUGACAUGCUGGCAUUAAAAAAGCAAACAUACUUGUACAACUAGA